AUGGAAGAGGCUGGAGUAGAAGCUAAUGCUUUCACUUAUGGUAAGUAUAUUCACGGGCUUUGCUCGAGAGGGGAAACUGAUUUAGCCUUUCAGGUAGUAAAGAAGUUGAGGGAGUCAAAUAAGCCGGUUGAUGUUUCUGCAUAUGCUUGUGUCAUUCGAGGUUUUGUUAAAAAGCGGAAGCUACAAGACGCAGAAGAUGUGUUUUUUCACAUGAAGGUUAGAGAAGUUGUCCCUGAUGCACAUUGUUAUAGCGUCUUAAUUCAAGGGUAUUGUCAUAAAGGGGACAUUGUCAAGGCAUUGGAUCUCUGUAAGGAAUUGGAAUCAAGGGGUAUUGAAACCGAUCAUAAGUUUGUGAGAUGGAUGAUGCAAUACUUGUGUGGUAUGGGCAUGCUUGAUGAAGCUCUACGCGUGUUCAAGCAUUUUACACAGGAAUCAAGGGUUUUCAUUGAUGGGGUCUCGUUUAAUAUUGCUAUUGAUUCUGCACGUAAACUAGGGAAAAUGGAUGAUGCCAUGGGAUUGGUAGAAAAGAUGAAAAGCAGGAAAAUCAAGCCUGUUGUUAUACAGGCACUAGGUUUAGAAGCUACAGGCACCAACCAAUAA